CGGCCUGCCUGCCCAACAGGCCGACCCUUGUCACACUCUGUGCCGAGGGCACCUCGUUGCACCUCUUGUCUGUGCCCCGCCCGCUGCCCUCGCCUCACCGGCUCCGGCAGCCAUGGUGGCUGGCAUGCUCAUGCCACUGGACCAGCUUCGGGCCAUUUACGAGGUGCUCUUCCGGGAGGGAGUGAUGGUGGCCAAGAAGGACCGGCGGCCACGCAGCCUGCACCCCCAUGUGCCCGGCGUCACCAACCUGCAGGUCAUGCGCGCCAUGGCCUCCCUGCGGGCCCGGGGCCUGGUGCGGGAGACCUUUGCCUGGCGCCACUUUUACUGGUACCUCACCAACGAGGGCAUUGCCCACCUGCGCCAGUACCUGCACCUGCCUCCUGAGAUCGUGCCCGCCUCUCUGCAGCGUGUGCGCCGCCCUGUCGCCAUGGUGAUGCCCGCACGCCGCAGCCCCCACGUGCAGGCUGUGCAGGGUCCCCUGGGCUGCCCGCCCAAGCGGGGGCCGCUGCCAGCCCAGGACCCUGCCCGUGAGGAGCGGCGGGUCUACCGCCGGAAGGAGCCUGAGGAGGGGGCACCUGAGGCCCCAGUGCUGCCUGCCACUCCCCCAGGAAACCUGGCGAGGCCUGGCCCAGAACCUGCGCCAGCCACAGAUGAGCGGGACCGCGUGCAGAAGAAGACCUUCACCAAGUGGGUCAACAAGCACCUCAUCAAGGCCCAGAGACAUAUCAGCGACCUGUACGAAGACCUCCGUGAUGGCCACAACCUCAUUUCCCUGCUGGAGGUGCUCUCAGGGGACAGCCUGCCCCGAGAGAAAGGGAGGAUGCGCUUCCACAAGCUGCAGAACGUUCAGAUCGCCCUGGACUACCUCCGGCACCGCCAGGUGAAGCUGGUGAACAUCAGGAAUGAUGACAUCGCCGACGGCAAUCCCAAGCUGACCCUCGGCCUAAUCUGGACAAUCAUCCUGCACUUCCAGAUCUCGGACAUCCAGGUGAGCGGGCAGUCGGAGGACAUGACGGCCAAGGAGAAGCUGCUGCUGUGGUCGCAGCGCAUGGUGGAGGGCUACCAGGGCCUGCGCUGUGACAACUUCACCUCCAGCUGGCGUGACGGCCGCCUCUUCAACGCCAUCAUCCACCGGCACAAGCCCAUGCUCAUUGACAUGAACAAGGUGUAUCGUCAGACCAACCUGGAGAACCUGGACCAGGCCUUCUCCGUGGCAGAGCGGGACCUGGGAGUGACACGGCUCCUGGACCCUGAGGAUGUGGACGUCCCUCAGCCCGACGAGAAGUCCAUCAUCACGUAUGUCUCAUCCCUGUACGAUGCCAUGCCACGUGUGCCCGAUGUGCAGGACGGGGUGAAGGCCAAUGAGCUGCAGCUGCGCUGGCAAGAGUACCGGGAGCUGGUGCUGCUGCUGCUGCAGUGGAUCCGGCACCACACUGCCGCCUUCGAGGAACGCAAGUUCCCCUCCAGCUUUGAGGAGAUCGAGAUCCUGUGGUGCCAAUUCCUGAAGUUUAAGGAGACGGAGCUUCCAGCCAAGGAGGCAGAUAAGAACCGGUCCAAGGGCAUCUACCAGUCCCUGGAGGGGGCGGUGCAAGCAGGCCAGCUUAAGGUACCCCCCGGCUACCACCCGCUGGAUGUGGAGAAGGAGUGGGGCAAGCUGCACGUGGCUAUCCUGGAGCGGGAGAAGCAGCUCCGGAGCAAGUUCGAGAGGCUGGAGUGUCUUCAGCGCAUCGUGAGCAAACUGCAGAUGGAGGCCGGGCUAUGCGAGGAGCAGCUGAACCAGGCCGACGCCCUGCUGCAGUCGGAUGUCCGGCUGCUGGCUGCAGGCAAAGCACCACAGCGGGCAGGUGAGGUGGAGCGAGACCUGGACAAAGCAGACAGCAUGAUCCGGCUGCUGUUCAAUGACGUGCAGACUCUCAAGGAUGGGCGGCAUCCGCAGGGCGAGCAGAUGUACCGCAGGGUGUACCGCCUGCAUGAGCGCCUGGUGGCCAUCCGCACCGAGUACAACCUUCGGCUGAAGGCGGGUGUAGCUACCCCCGUGACCCAGGUGACCCAGGUGACACUGCAGAGCACGCAGAGGCGCCCCGAGCUCGAGGACUCCACUCUGCGCUACCUGCAGGACCUGCUGGCCUGGGUGGAGGAGAACCAGCGCCGGCUGGACAGUGCCGAGUGGGGCGUGGAUCUGCCCAGCGUGGAGGCACAGCUGGGCAGCCACCGUGGUCUGCACCAGUCCAUCGAGGAGUUUAGGGCCAAGAUCGAGCGGGCGAGGAGUGAUGAGGGCCAGCUCUCUCCGGCUACCCGGGGCGCCUACCGCGAAUGCCUGGGUCGGCUAGACCUGCAGUAUGCCAAGCUGCUGAACUCUUCCAAGGCCCGCCUCCGGUCCCUGGAGAGCCUGCACGGGUUUGUCACUGCUGCCACCAAGGAGCUGAUGUGGUUGAGUGAGAAGGAGGAGGAGGAGGUGGGCUUUGACUGGAGCGAGCGCAAUGCCAACAUGGCCACCAAGAAGGAAAGCUACUCGGCCCUGAUGCGUGAGCUGGAGCUGAAGGAAAAGAAAAUCAAGGAGAUCCAGAACACUGGGGACCGGCUGCUGCGGGAGGACCACCCUGCUCGGCCCACAGUGGAGUCCUUCCAGGCAGCCCUGCAGACCCAGUGGAGCUGGAUGCUCCAGCUGUGCUGCUGCAUCGAGGCACACCUGAAGGAGAACACUGCCUACUUCCAGUUCUUUUCAGAUGUACGGGAGGCUGAGGAGCAGCUGCGGAAGCUGCAGGAGACGCUGCGCAGAAAAUACACCUGCGACCGCUCCAUCACAGUCACUCGCCUCGAGGACCUGCUUCAAGAUGCCCAGGACGAGAAGGACCAACUGAACGAGUACAGAGGACACCUCUCAGGCCUGGCCAAGCGGGCUAAGGCCAUUGUGCAGCUGAAGCCCCGCAACCCAGCCCACCCUGUGCGGGGCCGUGUGCCACUGCUAGCUGUGUGCGACUACAAGCAGGUGGAGGUGACCAUGCACAAGGGUGACGAGUGCCAGCUGGUGGGCCCUGCACAGCCAUGCCACUGGAAGGUGCUCAGCAGCUCUGGCAGCGAGGCCGCUGUGCCCUCUGUGUGCUUCCUUGUGCCCCCGCCCAACCAGGAGGCCCAGGAGGCCAUUACCAGGCUGGAGGCCCAGCACCAGGCCCUGGUCGCACUGUGGCACCAGCUGCAUGUGGAUAUGAAGAGCCUUCUGGCAUGGCAGAGCCUCAGCCGUGAUGUGCAGCUCAUCCGAUCCUGGUCCCUAGUCACGUUCCGCACACUGAAACCAGAGGAGCAACGCCAAGCCCUGCGCAGCCUGGAGCUACACUACCAGGCCUUCCUUCGGGACAGCCAGGAUGCUGGCGGCUUUGGGCCCGAGGACCGGCUGCAGGCUGAGCGCGAGUAUGGCUCCUGCAGCCACCAUUACCAGCAGCUGCUGCAGAGCUUGGAGCAGGGCGAGCAGGAGGAGUCCCGCUGUCAGCGCUGCAUCUCGGAGCUCAAAGACAUCCGGCUGCAGCUGGAGGCCUGUGAGACGCGCACCGUGCACCGCUUACGGCUGCCACUGGACAAGGAGCCCGCGCAGGAGUGUGCCCAGCGCAUCGCCGAGCAGCAGAAAGCGCAGGCUGAGGUGGAAGGGCUGGGCAAAGGGGUUGCCCGGCUCUCUGCCGAGGCCAAGAAGGUCCUGGCCCUGCCCGAGCCGUCACCUGCUGCCCCUACUCUGCGCUCGGAGCUGGAACUGACCCUGGGCAAGUUGGAGCAGGUCCGCAGCUUGUCUGCCAUUUAUCUGGAGAAGCUCAAGACCAUCAGUCUGGUGAUCCGUAGCACACACGGUGCCGAGGAGGUGCUCAGGGCCCAUGAGGAGCAGCUCAAGGAGGCCCAGGCCGUCCCCGCCACCCUCCCAGAGCUUGAGGCCACCAAGGCUGCCCUGAAGAAGCUACGGGCCCAGGCAGAGGCGCAGCAGCCCAUGUUCGAUGCCCUGCGGGACGAGCUGCGGGGGGCGCAGGAGGUGGGCGAACGGCUGCAGCAGCGGCACGGUGAGAGGGACGUGGAGGUGGAGCGCUGGCGCGAGCGGGUCACCCAGCUGCUGGAGCGCUGGCAGGCUGUGCUGGCCCAGACCGACGUGCGGCAGCGUGAGCUUGAGCAGCUGGGCCGCCAGCUGCGUUACUACCGUGAGAGUGCGGACCCACUGGGCACCUGGCUGCAGGACGCUAAGCAGCGGCAAGAGCGGAUCCAGGCCAUGCUGCUGGCCGACAGCCAGGCUGUGCGGGAGCAGCUGCGGCAGGAGAAGGCUCUGCUGGAGGAGAUCGAGCGCCAUGGGGAGAAGGUGGAGGAGUGUCAGAGGUUUGCCAAACAGUACAUCAACGCCAUCAAGGACUAUGAGCUCCAGCUGGUCACAUACAAGGCGCAGCUUGAGCCAGUAGCCUCCCCGGCCAAGAAGCCCAAGGUCCAGUCCGGGUCUGAGAACGUCAUCCAGGAGUACGUGGAUCUGCGUACGCGCUACAGCGAGCUGACCACACUCACGAGCCAGUACAUCAAGUUCAUCAGCGAGACUCUGCGGCGCAUGGAGGAGGAGGAGAGGCUGGCUGAGCAGCAGCGGGCAGAGGAGCGGGAGCGACUGGCCGAGGUGGAGGCCGCGCUAGAGAAGCAGCGGCAGCUGGCCGAGGCGCACGCCCAGGCGAAGGCACAGGCAGAGCGGGAGGCACAGGAGCUGCAGCGGCGCAUGCAGGAGGAGGUGGCGCGGCGGGAGGAGGCAGCGGUGGAUGCACAGCAACAGAAGCGCAGCAUCCAGGAGGAGCUGCAGCACCUGCGGCAGAGCUCGGAGGCAGAGAUCCAGGCCAAGGCUCGCCAGGCAGAGGCGGCUGAACGCAGCCGGCUGCGCAUUGAGGAGGAGAUCCGUGUGGUGCGCUUGCAGCUGGAGGCAACCGAGCGUCAGCGCGGUGGGGCUGAGGGUGAGCUGCAGGCACUGCGUGCACGGGCAGAGGAGGCCGAGGCGCAGAAACGGCAGGCGCAGGAGGAGGCAGAGCGCUUGCGGCGGCAGGUGCAAGAUGAGACCCAGCGUAAGCGGCAGGCAGAGGCGGAACUGGCCCUGCGUGUGAAGGCUGAGGCCGAGGCGGCUCGGGAAAAGCAGCGGGCCCUGCAGGCGCUGGAGGAGUUGCGCCUACAGGCUGAGGAAGCAGAGCGGCGCCUGCGGCAGGCUGAGGCAGAGCGGGCACGUCAGGUGCAAGUGGCCCUGGAGACGGCGCAGCGCAGUGCAGAGGCUGAACUGCAGAGCAAACGUGCCUCCUUUGCGGAGAAGACGGCUCAGCUGGAGCGCACCCUGCAGGAGGAGCAUGUGGCUGUGGCGCAACUGCGAGAGGAGGCUGAGCGGCGGUCGCAGCAGCAGGCUGAGGCCGAGCGCGCCCGCGAGGAGGCUGAGCGGGAGCUGGAGCGCUGGCAGCUGAAGGCCAAUGAGGCGCUGCGGCUGCGGCUGCAAGCGGAGGAGGUGGCGCAGCAGAAGAGCCUGGCGCAGGCUGAGGCGGAAAAGCAGAAGGAGGAGGCGGAGCGCGAGGCAAGGCGGCGAGGCAAGGCAGAGGAGCAGGCUGUGCGGCAGCGGGAGCUGGCAGAGCAGGAGCUGGAGAAGCAGCGGCAGCUGGCAGAGGGCACUGCGCAGCAGCGCCUGGCAGCAGAGCAGGAGCUGAUCAGGCUGCGGGCUGAGACUGAGCAGGGGGAGCAGCAGCGGCAGCUGCUGGAGGAGGAGCUGUCACGGCUGCAACGUGAGGCGGCUGCAGCCACGCAGAAGCGCCAGGAGCUGGAGGCUGAGCUGGCCAAGGUGCGGGCCGAGAUGGAGGUGCUGCUAGCUAGCAAGGCGCGGGCUGAGGAGGAGUCGCGUUCCACCAGUGAGAAGUCCAAGCAGAGGCUGGAAGCUGAGGCCAGCCGGUUCCGUGAGCUGGCCGAGGAGGCCGCUCGUCUGCGUGCCCUGGCCGAGGAGGCCAAGCGGCAGCGGCAGCUGGCUGAGGAGGAUGCGGCACGGCAACGGGCAGAGGCGGAGCGGGUGCUUGCCGAGAAGCUGGCCGCCAUCGGUGAGGCUACGCGGCUCAAGACUGAGGCAGAGAUCGCAUUGAAGGAGAAGGAGGCGGAGAACGAGCGCCUGCGGCGGCUGGCAGAAGAUGAGGCCUUCCAGCGGCGGCGGUUGGAAGAACAGGCGGCCCAGCACAAGGCUGACAUUGAGGAGCGGCUGGCACAGCUGCGCAAGGCAUCGGAGAGCGAGCUGGAGCGGCAGAAGGGGCUAGUGGAGGACACGCUGCGGCAGCGGCGGCAGGUGGAAGAGGAGAUCCUGGUCCUCAAGGCAAGCUUUGAGAAAGCAACCGCCGGCAAGGCGGAGCUGGAACUGGAGCUGGGGCGCAUCCGCAGCAACGCCGAGGACACGCUGCGCAGCAAGGAGCAGGCGGAGCUGGAGGCCACGCGGCAGCGGCAGCUGGCAGCUGAGGAGGAGCAGCGGCGCCGCGAGGCUGAGGAACGUGUGCAGAAGAGCCUGGCAGCUGAGGAGGAGGCUGCGCGGCAGCGUAAGGCCGCACUGGAGGAGGUGGAGCGGCUCAAGGCCAAGGUGGAGGAGGCGCGGCGCCUACGAGAGCGAGCAGAGCAGGAGUCGGCUCGGCAGCUCCAGCUGGCCCAGGAGGCUGCCCAGAAGCGGCUGCAGGCCGAGGAGAAGGCUCACGCCUUUGCAGUGCAACAGAAGGAGCAGGAGCUGCAGCAGACACUCCAGCAAGAACAAAGUAUGCUGGAGCGGCUGCGUGGCGAGGCAGAGGCUGCACGGCGGGCGGCUGAGGAGGCAGAGGAGGCGCGGGAGCGGGCUGAGCGGGAGGCGGCACAGUCUCGGCGCCAGGUGGAGGAGGCAGAGCGGCUGAAGCAGUCAGCAGAGGAGCAGGCGCAGGCACAGGCGCAGGCGCAGGCUGCCGCAGAGAAGCUGCGCAAGGAAGCUGAGCAGGAGGCGGCGCGGCGGGCACAGGCGGAGCAGGCGGCCCUGCGGCAGAAGCAGGCAGCCGACGCGGAGAUGGAGAAGCACAAGAAGUUCGCUGAGCAGACGCUGCGGCAGAAGGCGCAGGUGGAACAGGAGCUGACGACGCUGCGGCUGCAGUUAGAGGAGACGGACCACCAGAAAAGCAUCUUGGAUGAGGAGCUGCAGCGGCUGAAGGCUGAGGUGACAGAAGCAGCCCGACAGCGCAGCCAGGUGGAAGAGGAGCUCUUCUCUGUGCGUGUGCAGAUGGAGGAGUUGGGCAAGCUCAAGGCACGCAUUGAGGCAGAGAACCGCGCGCUCAUCCUGCGGGACAAGGACAACGCGCAGCGCGUCCUGCAGGAGGAGGCUGAGAAGAUGAAGCACGUGGCAGAGGAGGCCGCACGUUUGAGUGUGGCAGCCCAGGAGGCGGCGCGGCUGCGGGAGCUGGCCGAGGAGGACCUGGCACAGCAGCGGGCCCUGGCCGAGAAGAUGCUCAAAGAGAAGAUGCAGGCAGUGCAGGAGGCUACGCGGCUCAAGGCUGAGGCAGAGCUGCUGCAGCAACAGAAGGAGCUUGCGCAAGAGCAGGCCCGCCGGCUGCAGGAAGACAAGGAGCAGAUGGCACAGCAGCUGGAGCAGGAGACGCAGGGCUUCCAGCGGACUCUAGAGGCAGAGCGACAGCGGCAGCUGGAGAUGAGCGCCGAGGCUGAGCGCCUCAAGCUGCGUGUGGCCGAGAUGAGCCGGGCCCAGGCCCGCGCAGAGGAGGACGCCCAGCGCUUCCGGAAGCAGGCAGAGGAAAUAGGCGAGAAGCUGCACCGCACUGAGCUUGCCACACAGGAGAAGGUGACGCUGGUGCAGACGCUUGAGAUCCAGCGGCAGCAGAGUGACCAUGAUGCCGAGUGCCUACGGCAGGCCAUCGCUGAGCUGGAGCGGGAGAAGGAGAAGCUUAAGCAGGAGGCCAAGUUGCUGCAGCUCAAGUCUGAGGAGAUGCAGACGGUGCAGCAGGAGCAGCUGCUGCAGGAGACACAGGCCCUACAACAGAGCUUCCUCUCCGAGAAGGACAGCCUGCUACAGCGGGAGCGCUUCAUCGAGCAGGAGAAGGCCAAGUUGGAGCAGCUCUUCCAGGACGAGGUGGCCAAGGCGCAGAAGUUGCGUGCAGAGCAGCAGCGGCAGCAGGAACAGAUGGAGCGGGAGAAGCAGCAGCUGGUGGCCAGCAUGGAGGAAGCCCGGCGGCGGCAGCAUGAGGCUGAGGAGGGUGUGCGGCGCAAGCAAGAGGAGCUGCAGCGCCUGGACCAGCAACGACAGCAGCAGGAGAAGCUGCUGGCUGAGGAGAACCAGAGGCUGCGUGAGCGGCUGCAGCGCCUGGAGGAGGAGCACCGGGCUGCACUGGCGCAUUCAGAGGAGAUUGCCGCUUUGCAGGCCGUGGCUGUCAAAGUGCUCCCCAAUGGCCGAGAUGCACCCGAUGGCCCCGCCACAGAGGCAGAGCCUGAGCAUGCCUUUGACGGCCUGCGGCAGAAGGUGCCGGCCCAGCGGCUGCAGGAGGUGGGCAUCCUGAGUGCGGAGGAGCUGCAGUGGCUGACACAAGGCCGCACCACAGUGGCCGAGCUUGCACAGCGGGAGGAUGUGCGCUGCUACCUGCAGGGCCGCAGCAGUAUCGCUGGGCUGCUGGUGAAGCCCACCAAUGAGAAGCUGAGUGUCUACACGGCCCUGCGGAGGCAGCUACUGAGCCCGGGCACAGCCCUCAUCCUGCUGGAGGCCCAGGCGGCCUCGGGCUUCCUCCUGGAUCCUGUGCAGAACCGGCGGCUGACUGUCAAUGAGGCCGUGAAGGAGGGCGUUGUGGGCCCCGAGCUGCAUCACAAGCUGCUGUCGGCCGAGCGCGCCGUCACCGGCUAUAAAGACCCCUACACUGGGGAGCAGAUCUCCCUCUUUCAGGCCAUGAAGAAGGACCUCAUCGUCAGGGACCACGGCAUCCGCCUGCUGGAGGCCCAGAUUGCCACGGGCGGCAUCAUCGACCCCGUGCACAGUCACCGUGUGCCCGUGGAGGUGGCCUACCAGCGCGGCUACUUUGACGAGGAGAUGAACCGCGUCCUGGCGGACCCAAGCGAUGACACCAAGGGCUUUUUCGACCCCAACACGCACGAGAACCUCACCUACCUGCAGCUGCUGGAGCGCUGCGUGGAGGAUCCCGAGACGGGCCUGCGCCUCCUGCCGCUCACAGAUCAGGCUGCCAAGGGCGGUGAGCUGGUCUACACUGACUCAGAGGCCCGGGAUGUGUUUGAGAAAGCCACUGUGUCCGCGCCAUUUGGCAAGUUCCAGGGCAAGAUGGUGACCAUCUGGGAGCUCAUCAACUCUGAAUACUUCACAGUGGAGCAGCGGCGAGACCUGCUGCGGCAAUUCCGCACGGGCAAGGUGACCGUGGAGAAGAUCAUCAAGAUCGUCAUCACGGUGGUCGAGGAGCAUGAGCAGAAGGGCCAGCUCUGCUUUGAGGGCCUGCGUGCCCUGGUACCCGCUGCUGAGCUGCUCGAGAGCAGGGUCAUUGACCACGACAUCUACUGCCAGCUGCAGCAGGGUAAGUGCUCAGUGCGAGAGGUAGCCGAGGUGGAUACUGUGCGGCAGGCCCUGCGAGGUGCCAACGUCAUCGCGGGCGUGUGGCUGGAGGAGAUGGGGCAGAAGCUGAGUAUCUAUGAGGCCCUGAAGAAAGACCUCCUACAACCAGAGGUGGCUGUGGCCCUACUGGAGGCCCAGGCCGGCACCGGGCACAUCAUCGACCCUGCCACAAGCGCCCGGCUGACUGUGGAUGAGGCAGUGCGUGCCGGCCUGGUGGGGCCUGAGCUGCACGAGAAGCUGCUGUCAGCUGAGAAGGCUGUGACGGGCUACAAGGACCCCUACUCAGGGCAGAGUGUCUCCCUGUUCCAGGCUCUGAAGAAGGGCCUCAUCCCCAAGGAGCAGGGCCUGCGUCUGCUGGACGCCCAGCUGUCCACUGGUGGCAUCGUGGACCCCAGCAAGAGCCACCGUGUGCCCCUGGACGUCGCUUGUGCCCGGGGCUACUUGGACGAGGAGACCAGCAAAGCCUUGUCGGCGCCCAGGGAUGAUGCCAAAACCUACUACGACCCCUGUUCGCGGGAACCAGUCACCUACAGCCAGCUCCAGCAGCAGUGCCGGCCUGACCAGCUGACGGAGCUGAGGCUGCUGCCACUCUCUGAGAAGGCUGCCCGGGCCCGGCAGGAGGAGCUCUACUCUGAGCUCCAGGCCCGUGAGACCUUUCAGAAGGCCACCGUCGAGGUCCCCAUGGGCAGCUUCAAGGGCAGGACAGUGACGGUGUGGGAGCUCAUCAGCUCCGAGUACUUCACGGAGGAGCAGAGGCGGGAGCUGCUGCGGCAGUUCCGCACGGGCAAGGUCACCGUGGAGAAGAUCAUCAAGAUCCUCAUCACCAUUGUCGAGGAGGUGGAGACCGUGCGGCAGGAGAGGCUCUCUUUCAGCGGCCUCCGUGCCCCGGUGCCGGCUAGCGAGCUCCUGGCCUCUGGGGUCCUUAGCAAGGCCCAGUUUGAGCAGCUCAAAGAUGGCAAGACAUCAGUCAAGGAACUGGCAGAGGUGGAUUCCGUGCGGACGCUCCUGCAGGGCAGUGGCUGUCUUGCUGGCAUCUACCUGGAGGACUCUAAGGAGAAGGUGACCAUCUAUGAGGCCAUGCGGCGGGGCCUGCUGAGGCCCAGCACGGCCACUCUCCUGCUUGAAGCCCAGGCAGCUACUGGCUUUCUGGUGGACCCCGUGCGGAACCAGCGCCUGUACGUCCAUGAGGCCGUGAAGGCUGGCGUCGUGGGCCCCGAGCUGCAUGAGAAGCUGCUGUCAGCUGAGAAAGCUGUGACGGGCUACAAGGACCCAUACUCAGGCACCACCAUCUCUCUUUUCCAGGCCAUGAAGAAGGGCCUCAUCGUCAGGGACCACGGCAUCCGCCUGCUGGAGGCCCAGAUUGCCACGGGCGGCAUCAUCGACCCCGUGCACAGCCAUCGCCUGCCCGUGGAGGUGGCCUACCAGCGCGGCUACUUCGACGAGGAGAUGAACCGUGUCCUGGCGGACCCGAGCGAUGACACCAAGGGCUUCUUCGACCCCAACACGCACGAGAACCUCACCUACCUGCAGUUGCUGGAGCGCUGCGUGGAGGACCCCGAGACAGGCCUGCGCCUCCUGCCACUGAAAGGAGCAGAGAAGGUGGAGGUGGUGGAGACCACGCAGGUGUACACUGAGGAGGAGACCCGGAGGGCGUUCGAGGAGACGCGGAUUGACAUCCCUGGUAGUGACAGCCACGGCGGCUCCACUAUGUCCCUGUGGGAGGUGAUGCAAUCGGACCUGAUCCCUGAGGAGCAGCGGGCCCGGCUGAUGGCUGACUUCCAGGCUGGCCGGGUGACCAAGGAGCGCAUGAUCAUCAUCAUCAUCGAGAUCAUCGAGAAGACCGAGAUCAUUCGCCAGCAGAACCUGGCUUCCUACGAUUAUAUCCGCCGCCGCCUCACUGCUGAGGACCUGUACGAGGCCCAGGUCAUCUCCCGAGAGACCUAUAACUUGCUCCGGGAGGGCACCAAGAGCCUCCGCGAGGUGCUCGAGGCAGAGUCGGCCUGGCGUUACCUCUACGGCACAGGCUGUGUGGCCGGCGUCUACCUGCCUGGCUCUAGGCAGACGCUGACCGUAUACCAGGCUCUCAAGAAGGGGCUGCUGAGUGCCGAGGUGGCCCGCUUACUGCUGGAGGCACAGGCAGCCACAGGCUUCCUGCUGGACCCGGUGAAGGGCGAGCGGCUGACUGUAGAUGAGGCUGUGCGGAAGGGCCUGGUGGGCCCUGAGCUGCACGACCGGCUGCUCUCAGCUGAGCGCGCUGUGACUGGCUACCGCGACCCCUACACGGAGCAGACUAUCUCGCUCUUCCAGGCCAUGAAGAAGGAUCUGAUUCCUGCUGAGGAGGCCCUGCGGCUGCUGGAUGCCCAGCUGGCCACGGGCGGCAUUGUGGACCCACGCCUGGGCUUCCAUCUCCCGCUGGAGGUGGCCUACCAGCGCGGCUACCUCAACAAGGACACACACGACCAGCUAUCGGAGCCCAGCGAGGUGCGCAGCUAUCUGGAUCCUUCCACAGACGAGCGCCUCAGCUACACACAGCUGCUCAGGCGGUGCCGCCACGACGAGAACAGCGGCCAGCUGCUCCUGCCGCUCUCGGACGCCCGCAAGCUGACUUUUCGCGGCCUGCGCAAGCAAAUCACAGUGGAGGAGCUGGUGCGUUCUCAGGUCAUGGAUGAGGCCACAGCGCUGCAGCUGCAGGAGGGCCUGACCUCCAUCGAGGAGGUCUCCAAGAGCCUACAGAAGUUCCUGGAGGGCACUAGCUGCAUCGCUGGUGUCUUUGUUGAUGCCACCAAGGAGCGGCUGUCGGUGUACCAGGCCAUGAAGAAGGGCAUCAUCCGCCCCGGCACAGCCUUUGAGCUCCUGGAGGCACAGGCGGCCACCGGUUAUGUCAUCGACCCCAUCAAAGGGCUCAAGUUGACUGUGGAAGAGGCCGUGCGCAUGGGCAUUGUGGGCCCUGAGUUCAAGGACAAGCUGCUGUCAGCCGAGCGCGCCGUCACUGGCUAUAAGGACCCCUACUCCGGGAAGCUCAUCUCCCUCUUCCAGGCCAUGAAGAAGGGCCUGAUCCUGAAGGACCACGGCAUCCGCCUGCUGGAGGCCCAGAUCGCGACAGGCGGCAUCAUCGACCCUGAGGAGAGCCACCGGCUGCCCGUGGAGGUGGCCUACAAGCGCGGCCUCUUUGACGAGGAGAUGAACGAGAUCCUGACUGACCCCUCGGAUGACACCAAAGGCUUCUUCGAUCCCAACACAGAGGAGAACCUCACCUACCUGCAGCUGAUGGAGCGCUGCAUCACGGACCCUCAGACGGGCCUAUGCCUCUUGCCACUGAAGGAGAAGAAGCGGGAACGGAAGACGUCCUCCAAGUCUUCGGUGCGCAAGCGCCGCGUGGUGAUUGUGGACCCCGAGACGGGCAAGGAGAUGUCGGUGUACGAGGCCUACCGCAAGGGCCUCAUUGACCACCAGACAUACCUGGAGCUGUCUGAGCAGGAGUGUGAGUGGGAGGAGAUCACCAUCUCCUCCUCAGACGGCGUGGUCAAGUCCAUGAUCAUCGACCGCCGCUCGGGCCGCCAGUAUGACAUCGACGAGGCCAUUGCCAAGAACCUCAUCGACCGAUCAGCGCUGGACCAGUACCGCGCCGGCACACUCUCUAUCACCGAGUUUGCCGACAUGCUUUCGGGCAACGCCAGCGGAUUCCGCUCCCGCUCUUCGUCUGUGGGGUCCUCCUCCUCCUACCCCAUCAGCCCUGCUGUCUCCAGAACCCAGCUGGCCUCCUGGUCCGACCCCACCGAGGAAACGGGCCCUGUGGCCGGCAUCCUGGACACGGAGACACUGGAGAAGGUGUCCAUCACAGAGGCCAUGCACCGCAACCUGGUGGACAAUAUCACCGGGCAGCGGUUGCUGGAGGCACAGGCCUGCACCGGGGGCAUCAUUGACCCCAACACUGGUGAGCGCUUCCCCGUCACCGACGCCGUCAACAAGGGCCUGGUGGACAAGAUCAUGGUGGACCGCAUCAACCUGGCCCAGAAGGCCUUCUGUGGCUUCGAGGACCCACGCACCAAGACCAAGAUGUCGGCCGCCCAGGCCCUUAAGAAGGGCUGGCUCUACUAUGAGGCAGGCCAGCGCUUCCUGGAGGUGCAGUACCUGACAGGCGGCCUGAUUGAGCCCGACGUGCCAGGCCGCGUGCCUCUCGACGAGGCCCUGCAGCGUGGCACGGUGGACGCCCGCACUGCCCAGAAGCUGCGAGACGUUGGUGCGCACUCCAAGUACCUCACCUGCCCCAAGACCAAGCUCAAGAUCUCCUACAAGGACGCACUGGACCGCAGCAUGGUGGAGGAGGGCACGGGGCUGCGGCUGCUGGAGGCCGCCGCCCAGUCCAGCAAGGGCUACUACAGCCCUUACAGCGUCAGCGGCUCAGGCUCCACGGCCGGCUCACGUACCGGCUCGCGCACUGGCUCCCGGGCGGGCUCCCGCCGUGGCAGCUUUGAUGCCACUGGCUCCGGCUUCUCCAUGACCUUCUCUUCCUCCUCUUACUCUUCCUCAGGCUAUGGCCGCCGCUAUGCCUCGGGGCCCACGUCCUCCCUGGGGGGCCCUGAGUCUGCUGUGGCCUGACCCCCUGCCUGCACCCUGCCCUCCUGCUCUGCAUGUGGCCAGGCUCCCUGCCCAGGCGCUGGGGUCUUUCUUUAACGUUUAAAGGUGUCUUCCUCCCAAGCGGUGCCUAAAGUCUAACCAAAAAGACCAGACUAAUAUAGUAACAUAUGUCUGCUGUCCAGACAGCCUGUUUCUUGGGGGGUGGGGCUGGUCUAGCCCCACUGACUGCCUCACCCUCAAGGUCUCCCUAGUCCUCUCUACCUGCCACUCACCACAGCCAGGUGCCUUGGAGGGUCCAGAGCCAGGCCCCUGCCCUAGCCCUCCCGUCUCCCCAGAGAGGCUUCUGUCUGAGUGGGUUACCCCCAGCCCUGUAGGCCGCAUAACAGCCAACCACCAAUCCUAGCUGCUCGAGGCAGUGGGGGUCAGCCCUGUCCGUAGUGGGGCCCUCAGGGCUGGCAUUUGUCCUGCUUCCAGGACUGACUUGCUCACUCAGUGGGCCUUGCUGGGAAGGGAGAGGAUCCUGAGUUAGCUAUCUCUUCCAGCGUGCCCAGAGAAGUCCCUUUUCCGUGGGAAGAUGAGGGUCCAGUCUGCAGAACCAGCUGGUCUGGGCCAGGUGCCAGCCUGUUUCCAGCUCCCGCCAGGCUCCUGCAGAGCUGUGGGCUCUGUUCCCAGCCUCCAGCCCCUGACACUCUCCUGAGACCCCAGGCCUCUGGCUUCAGCCUUCCAGCCUCAGCUCCCUAGUAAGUGCCUUCUGUGUCUUCCCUUGCACCCCAGGCCCCAAGGACCCAGACCUGGGGUGGGAGACAGACCUUCCUGGUGAAAGGCUAGCCACUGGCCCAGCUCUCGGGCAUGCCAGCCCCGGGCCAGGCUGGGUUUGGCUGGGCCUUCCGCUGGGCUUUUCUCCCCCGUGGGCCCGGUAGCACCUGGAGCCUGUGGAACCCCACCCUGGGGUGCUGCCUGCCUGUCUCUGCCAGGGAGCCUCAGCCCCUUCGUUGAGCCCAGGGCCACCAGCUGGGCUGUCUGUGCUGACCCAGGCAGCCCAGCCUGGUGCCACUCCUUCCUGUUCCAUCCAGCCCCUGGCCUUGGUGGCUUCCACCCCUACCUCUGCCCUCUGAGCUUUGCAUGUUCCACUAACCCAGGCAGGCAGCGAGUGGAGGUGCCAGGCUUCCGGCUGCCUCUGUGAGGGCAGAACACUAACCUAACCCGACCAUGGGCGGGUCUGCGGCGCUCGCCCCAAUAAAAGCAAUUCCAACUUU